GUAUAGAGAUACAUAUAGAUAUAUACAUAGAGAGAGAGAGAGAGAGAGAGAGAGAGAGAGAGAGAUGGGUCGAGCUCCAUGCUGUGAAAAAAUGGGACUGAAGAAAGGGCCAUGGACUAAAGAAGAAGAUGUAAUUUUGAUGAAUUAUAUCAAUCAAAAUGGACAUGGAAAUUGGAGGGCUCUUCCAAAACUAGCUGGACUAUUGAGGUGUGGAAAGAGUUGCCGGCUCCGGUGGAUGAAUUACUUGAGGCCGGACAUCAAACGAGGAAGCUUCUCCAAGGAAGAAGAACACACCAUCAUUCAGUUACACGAAGAAUUAGGAAACAGAUGGUCUGUAAUUGCAGCAAGAUUACCGGGACGAACAGAUAAUGAAAUAAAAAAUGUUUGGCACACCCAUUUGAAGAAAAGAUUGAAUAAGAAAUCAGAACCCAAUUCGCCAAUGCAUUCAUCGAGUAAAAUGUCGUCCUCUACCACCGUGACUGCCGGCGCCAGCGCCGUCUCCAAUUUGCCGGAAAUGGAUGAAAGUUUCUGGUCAGAGGUUUUUUCUGCCGAUAAUUCCAGUUUUGAUCAAACCACAGAUAAAAAAUCAGAACCCAAUUCGCCACAGCAUUCAUCAAGUGAAAUGUCGUCCUCCACCGUCGCCGCCGCUGCCUUGACCCAGCUGCCGGAAAUGGAUGAAAGUUUCUGGUCGGAAGUUUUUUCAGCUGAGGAUUCGAGUGUUACAAGUGAUAUUUCAGCUGCGAACAGUGUUCAAAUCCCUUUAAAUGUAAUAGAAACCUCGUUCGCUUUCGAUUCAAUUAAGGAAGAUGGCAUGGAUUUUUGGUACGAUUUGUUUACAAGAUCAGGGGAGUUAAUUGAAUUGCCAGAAUUUGAAUGACAGUGGUAGUUUUUGUAAUUUUCUUUUUUUUACCCUUUUAACUAACUUUUGGGGGCAAUAUUCCAUUUGAGUUCAAAAGAAUUGUACGAGAAUUUGUUUGCCCAACACAGAUGUACAUGUUUUUCCCCCCUUCCUAGGAAAGAAAAGAAGAUGCAAUUUUUUGCACAAAAUAUAUUUAGCUA